GGGCGGAGCCUCUGCCUGCGGGGGCGGAGCCUCUGCCUGCGGGGGCGGAGCCUCGGCCAGGUGUUUUGCAUCUGGCUGCGGAGUCGCAUGUGCCUUCAUCUCCUUCCAGUGUGGUCUUCCUCUGAUGUGCUCGUUGCUAUGGUUACUGAAAUAUCUGACUGAACGUAUUACUCUGCUGAAGAGCGCCACCUUGCUUUGUCUGCACCUGAUGCCUUCACUUCCUGCUUCACCUGAGAGGCCUUCCAGAACCGAUCGCUUGCCUUCAUGACGUCUGAUCACCUGAACAUCAUCAUCAUCAUCAGCAGCAGCAACUACAGCCACCACAUUACCAGUCUGGUUCUGGUUCUGUUCUGGUUCUGUUCAGGUCACAUGACUCGCUGUUUAAUGAAUGUGAAUGCAGACACUGGAAAACACGUUGGUCUGAAUAAAGUUGUGUUUGAAUAUUCUGUGAUUGAUCAAGGAAAUGAUUGGUUGAUCAGAUUAUUGACCCAGCCUCAUUGGGGAGCUUUUAUUUUGAAGGGAGUGUUUCUUUUUCUUUUUUUUUACAAAGUGAAUUUUUAUCUUUUUUAUAUUCUGCAUAAUAAAAGUGACUUUUCCUCUUGCUACGUCUUUUGCUUCAUUGAUCCUUCCAGUUUUGACCUUUAACCUUUUAAACUUCAGCAGUUGAAAUGUUACUUUAUGAUGACGGAUCAUAAAGUAACCACCAGGUGGCGAUGCUGCGCUUCUUCCUCAGACCUCCUCCUACGCUCGGCUAUCCUCGGCUAUCCUCGGCUCCUUUCGGCUCCUCCAGCCACAGCAGCCAGUCGGAAACGCGCAACAGCGUCGCGGCUCCGCGGCUCGUCUUGCUUUUCUCCCCGCCGUCCAGCCCUCCGGAGCGGCUCUCCCCUCCAGCCAGCAGUCCAGCGGCGGACCCUCGGCCUCUGUGACGGCCGGCCCCGGCACGCAGCGCGGCGGAGCCUCAACCCUUUCCGGCUCUCCUCCUCCGCGGCGGAAAACCCCGGACGGAGGCCCGCGGUGUGCGCUCCUCCUCCCGCAGGCCUUCGACCCGGACUCCCGCCUUUCUGCUGGAAAAUGGACGGCUUCACCGGAAGUUUGGACGACAGCAUGUCGGCAACCAGCGUCUCCGACGUCAACGACCGGCUGUCUGCGCUGGAGCUGCGCGUCCAGCAGCAGGAAGACGAGCUGACGGUGAUGAAGGCCGCGCUCGCCGACGUGCUGCGCCGCCUCGCCGCCUCUGAGGAUUCUGGGGCCAACAGGAAGCAGCACGGAGCCAAAGGCGGCGCCGCCAUGCGCGAAGCCGCCUCUCUGUCCUGCAUCGCCAACGGCGGCACGCCCGGACGCAAGAGAGACUCCGCCUCCGUCACCAGGAAGGAGACGGUGUCUUCGGCCGCCAAGAGCGGCUCAGAGAAGAAGAAGGAUGCGAGCGGUCAGCGCUCCCACAUGGAGGAGAUCCAGGAGCAUGAGGAAGCUCCGCCCCUAAAGGAGCCGUCACCCAAUCACUCGUCCCCCAUCCCGUCCCACCCCCCCCUGAGGUCGGCCCCGCCCCCUGACGGCACCAAAGGCCACGCCCCUAAAAGGUUCCACCUCCUGAUUUGGAGGAGAGUAAUGAAUGUUUUCUGCUCUUUCAGGCACAAAGACCCGGUGGUCAGCCAAGCCAAAAUGUCGACCCGAGAGAAAAACAGCCUUGCUGAGGGAAACUCUAUCAAGAUGUUCAUGCGAGGUCGACCGAUCACCAUGUUCAUCCCUUCAGACGUGGAAAACUACGACGACGUCCGGGCCGAGCUUCCUCCAGAACGACUCAAGCUGGAAUGGGUGUACGGGUACCGCGGUCGGGACUGCCGGGCCAACGUCUACCUGCUUCCCACUGGAGAGAUCGUCUACUUCAUAGCGUCCGUGGCGGUUCUGUUCAGCUACGAGGAACGGACCCAGAGGCAUUACCUCGGACACACCGACUGCAUCAAAUGUCUGGCCAUCCAUCCGGACAAGAUUCGGAUCGCCACCGGACAGAUCGCCGGAGUGGACAAAGAUGGACGUGCGCUCCAGCCUCAUGUCCGGGUCUGGGACAGCGUCAGCCUGUCCACCCUGCAGGUCAUCGGUUUGGGAACCUUUGAACGUGGCGUUGGGUCUCUGGCGUUCUCCAAAGCGGACUCGGGUCAGCACCUGAGCGUCAUCGAUGACUGCAACGACCACAUGUUGACAGUUUGGGACUGGCAGAAGAAGUCCAAGAUCGCAGAGAUCAAGACGACCACCGACGUGGUUCUGGCCGUGGAGUUCCACCCGACCGACCCGAACACGAUCGUUACCUGUGGGAAGUUCCACAUCUUCUUCUGGGCCUGGAACGGGAACUCGCUGCUGCGCAAGCAGGGACUCUUCGGGAGUCACGACCGGCCCAAGUUCAUCCAGUGCCUGACUUUCCGGAGCAACGGCGACAUCGUGACCGGAGACUCGGCCGGACAGCUGCUGGUCUGGACCCGGAACUCUGCCGAGGCGCCCGCGGGCAAGGCGCCGCAAGGUGAGAGGUCAUCAGACCUGAGCUUCACCUUGACCAGGUCCAGGUGUCGGCUCAAAUACUCACUGCUGUGUGUGUGUGUGUCCAGCUGCUCCGCCGCAGCGUCUUCCAUAUAUGGGCAACAGGAAGAGGGCGCCGCAGCACAUGAGGGGGACAAGAUGCCCCGGCUACAUGUAGCCAAUAUGGCCUCACACUUUGUCGUUGGACUCCAACCUCNCCUGCGGUGCGUUCAGGGUCUCAUCUCUGCGGUGCGUUCAGGGUCUCAUCUCUCUGCAGUGCGUUCAGGGUUCCUGCGGUGCGUUCAGGGUCUCAUCUCUCUGCGGUGCGUUCAGGGUCUCAUCUCUCUGCAGUGCGUUAAGGGUCUCUGCGGUGCGUUCAGGGUUCCUGUGGUGCGUUCAGGGUCUCAUCUUUCUGCGGUGCGUUCAGGGUCUCUGCGGUGCGUUCAGGGUCUCUGCGGUGCGUUCAGGGUCCCUGCGGUGCGUUCAGAGUCUCAUCUCUCUGCGGUGCGUUCAGAGUCUCUUCUCUCUGCAGUGCGUUCAGAGUCUCAUCUCUCUGCGGUGCGUUCAGGGUCCCUGCGGUGCAUUCAGAGUCUCAUCUCUCUGCGGUGCGUUCAGGGUCCCUGCGGUGCGUUCAGAGUCUCAUCUCUCUGCGGUGCGUUCAGAGUCUCAUCUCUCUGCGGUGCGUUCAGGGUCUCAUCUCUCUGCAGUGCGUUCAGGGUCUCUGCGGUGCGUUCAGGGUCUCUGCGGUGCGUUCAGAGUCUCAUCUCUCUGCGGUGCGUUCAGGGACACACGGACGAGCUGUGGGGUCUGGCCACCCACCCCAGCAGGGAGCAGUUCCUGACCUGCGCCCAGGACCAGAUGGUCUGUCUGUGGAACUCUGUGGAUCACAGCCUGCAGUGGAGCCGCACUCUGGAGGAACACGGACACUGUGCGGAGUUCCAUCCCAGUGGAGCCGUAGUCGUUAUAGGAACGCACUCUGGAAGGUGGUUUGUUCUGGACGCCGAGAGCAAAGAUCUGGUCGGGAUCCACUCGGACGGCAACGAGCAGCUGUCGGUUCUGCGUUUCUCAGUCGAUGGCAGCAUGCUGGCCGUGGGGUCUCAUGAUAACUUCAUCUACCUGUACAGCGUGUCGGAGCAGGGCCGCAGGUACAGCCGCUACGGGAAAUGCUCGGGUCAUUCCAGCUACAUCACACACCUGGACUGGUCACCUGACAACAAGUUCAUCAUGUCCAACUCUGGGGACUACGAGAUCCUCUACUGGGACAUCCAGAACGGCUGCCAGCUGAUCCGGAACCGCUCUGAGUGCAAAGACAUCAACUGGGCCACCUACACCUGCGUGCUGGGAUACCACGUGUUCGGCGUCUGGCCCGAAGGUUCUGAUGGUACCGACAUCAACGCGCUGGUCAGGUCUCACAACAGGAAGGUGAUCGCGCUGGCGGACGACUUCUGCAAGGUUCACCUGUUCGGCUACCCCUGCUCCAGAUUCAAGGCGCCCAGCCACAAGUACAGCGCCCACAGCAGUCACGUGACCAACGUCAGCUUCCUGCACAGCGACAGCCACCUGAUCUCCACGGGCGGGAAGGACACCAGCGUCAUGCAGUGGCGGCUCGUCAGGAAGCUGGUCGACGCCCCCAAGCCCGCCGCGCGCCGACCCAACAUGGCUGGAGACACGGCCGGCGAUGCAGCCGCCACGCAGCCUCUGGCCGGACCCGACCCGGCCGCCGCCGAGAACCCGGACCCAUCGAGCCGGGUCGCCGCAGAAGGAACCCCGCCCCCCUCGGACAGCACCCUGAGCCUGAAGGACAGCCUGGAGACGAGCGACGACACGGCGACGCCGAGCGACGAGGGCCUGCCUCCCCUCACUCCGCCCUCCUAGAGGGGGCGGGGCCUCUUCCGGGUCAGGUGUCUCUGUUGCUGCUCCUGACGCCGUCUGGGUCGCCGACCGCCAAGCACCUGUUCAGGACCGCCGUCAGGAAUUCGACAGGAAACUCACAGAAACUGUCCAGACGUCUCCAGGCGUCGGCCAUCUUCCAGAAACACUCCAGAACCUUCCGGGUCUCCUCCGAUUCGCCACAGGAAGUCACCUGAUCUGCUCACUCUGGACAGGUGAACAGUAUGGCUGCACCGAUGGCACAUUCUGUCUGAUUGAUUUUGUCUGAAAUGUCAAUAAAUAUAGAAAGUCGCUCAGUUGGUAACAGAGGACUAUUGCAAACACCUGGGUGGGCGGGGCUAACCAGGUGGGCGGGGUUAACCGUCUCACUGCAGAGGAAAUGAGGACAGUGGUUGAUUUUUAGACGGCUUCACAAAUAUCGGCCAAUCACUGAUCUUUGAAAUUUAAGAAAACGGCGCCAAUAAAUCGGUGCAGCUUCUGGUUUUUACAUUAUAUUUGUUGAAUUUUGUAACAUAAAACAAGUGGCAAAGGAUUCACAUUAAACAGCUCAGUCCCCAAAGUAAACAAACAUAAAUAAUAAACGGCUCAUCAGAAAGAGGAAAGAAAACCAAACACAUUGCCGUAAUCUGCACCGUUCUCUUCAUUUCGCUCCAGAUCCACAUGAUGUCGCCUCCUUCACCCACAUGUGGUUUGACAGUAUGUCCAUUUUCUGUCCAGAUGUUGGUCUCCUGGCCUGCAGGAGUCCAAACAAUCCAUGUUAACUGUGUGGAGCUAAGAACACCUAAAACACACAUUUUAGCCUCUGCAGGUAAAUUCUCUCCUCUUUGACAGUUUGUGUAACUGAGCUCCAGUGUUGCUGUAAUUUGGACCCGGACAGAGAAAGAAUCACACUGACUGCAGCUGCCUGGGAUGUUGGGCUUUGACUGGAGUUAUGUCAUUUCUCUGCUAUUAUGGGAGUUUCAGCCUUUUAUUAAUUGACUGCUUUUAAACACGGUGCAUCCUUGGUUAACACAGGACACCUGACACACCUGUGAUGACCUCAUCCAACGCCUGUUAUCCCCCCGUCUGCCACAAGGGGCAGCAGGGGAGGAAUUUGUCAAACCAGACAAUCAUUUUUCCCAAAUAAACAGUCCGAUUUUCCUCCGGUGAGACGAGUCGACCUCCAGGUUAAACAGGAAGUCUUUGGCUUAACAGGAAGUUGGUGGAUCAGAGGAAACCUGGAAGAUUUCAGUUUUGUUUCUAACUUUUCUUAAAAUCAACCAUCUGCAGCUUUUUAGUUAAAACAG